GGGCUGUCCGGCGCGCUCUGCCUCCUCCCCCCGCUGCUGCCGACGUGGCGGGGCGGGGAAGGGAAGAAGAAGGGGGCGCGCCGGCCGGGGCACUGCUGAGCGAAUUGAAAAUGUCUGAAGACAUAUCUGAUGGCAUCCCAUCUGAAGAAAAACCUGAAGUAAUGGAAAUGCCCAGCAAUGAGGUAUUGCCUCCUGAAUCAGUACCACACCUCGUAGAAGCUGAGAUCUUGCAUGAGUCUUCACAAGAUGAACAUGGACAGGCCACUCAGAGUGCCAGUAAUAGACAGGAAGGAGACAUAGUAAUUAAUGAAAACCCUUUGACUGAAAAACUAGUUGAAGGUCUGCCUUCCAGUGAAGAGGCAACUGAAGACUUACCCACUGAGUGCAUUGAAACCGUAAGCCUUGAUACAGAACCUGAAUCUGAAGAAACACUGCAUGAACAAAGCAGUCCAGCCACAGACUCCUCAUCUAAAGCAAGUAGAUGGGGAGCUUGGGGUACCUGGGGAAAGUCUCUCCUGUCAUCAGCUUCUGCCACAGUAGGUCAUGGAAUAACAGCAGUAAAGGAGAAAGCAGGAACUACUCUAAGAAUUCAUAGUGCAAGUUCAGCAUCUUCAGAAGCAGCAGAACCUCCUACAGCUGAAACACCAAUUACACAAGCAGAAGAUUCUCUGGACCAAAGCUCUUCUGAGAAUAUUCCUUCUUCUCCUACAUCUGGAUCUCGUGGGGUGCUGUCAGCUAUCACUAAUGCUGUACAGAACACAGGGAAAAGUGUAUUAUCCGGAGGCUUAGAUGCUUUGGAAUUUAUUGGGAAGACAACCAUGAAUGUCCUUGCAGAAAGUGAUCCUGGAUUUAAGAGAACCAAAACACUGAUGGCAAGAACAGUGUCGCUAUCUCAGCUCUUGCGAGAAGCUAAAGAAAAAGAGAAACAGAGGCGGGCCCAGCAAGUUACAGUUGAAAGAACAGCACAUUAUGGACUACUUUUUGAUGAAUUCCAAGGUUUGUCUCAUCUUGAAGCUCUGGAAAUCCUGUCAAAUGAAAGUGAAGCUCAGAUUCAGGCACAUUUAGCAACACUUGAUGAAGAACAGUUGGAAACUGCAAAAAAUGAUUUAAUUGCUAUAAAAGAGAUUUUUGUUCCAAAGGAAUCAGAUGAUGAAGUGAUGCAGGCACAAAAAGCAGAUAUGGGAGAAGAGUUUGUCAGCAUGCUCACGGAACUGCUGUUUGAAUUGCACGUUGCUGCUACUCCUGACAAACUUAAUAAGGCUAGGAAAAAAGCUCAUGAAUGGCUGGAAGAAGCCAGUUUUUCCACCCCAGCAGACAUAGAAGAGAAGCUAAAAGAAGAACCUGGGGAACCUGGUGAAGAAAAAACUGACGAAGAUGAUAAAAUUGACAGUGAUAAAACAAAAGUAAACAAAAACAAAACUGUGGAGGAAAUCUACAUGCUGUCCAUUGAAAGUCUGGCUGAGGUAACUGCUCGUUGUAUUGAACAGCUUCAUAAAGUAGCAGAAUUAAUUCUACAUGGUCAGGAAGUAGAAAAGACGGCUCAAGAUCAAGCAAAAGUACUGACAAAUUUAACAAGUGCCAUGUGCAAUGAAGUUUCAUCUUUAUCAAAGAAGUUUUCUGAUUCUGUAACAGCAGCUGGGAGCAGUAUGAAGGCAGAGGUUCUUAACCCCAUCAUCAACAAUGUGCUAUUAGAGGGCUGCAACAGUACUACUUACAUUCAGGAUGCUUUCCAGCUAUUGCUUCCAGUUCUGCAAAUUUCCCACAUCCAGACCAGUUGUUUGAAAGCCCAGAAGUGACAGUUUCCCGAAAGUUGUCACCAUUGGGCUUGACAGCAACCCCAGUCCCAAUGUCUGUAAUGUUUGCUGAGAGAAGAGCUGGUACAAGAGGUGUCUGGCCACUUGGAGUCCUUCAAAGACACUACAUGCGGUUUUGCACAUACAGUAUGGAACAACGUUUUCAAACUCUUUCAGACUUUCAGACUUUAGAAGUAGUUAGUAAAGUGAGUAAUUUCUUUUCCAGUACAGUUUAUGCUUUGCAUUAAUUUAAACAGAAGUUUACUGAUAUUAGCAUUGACUUAAAUAUGGAUUCUAAAUGUUGACACUUUCAGUUGUAAACAAGGGAUGAAGCAAAUUAGAAUGUAAAGCUUUUUAAAACAUUUCAGCUCAAAUGACCAUUUAUAUUGUUUAUAUCCUAUCAGUUAAAAAUGUGUAUUUCAAAAGUUGGUUUCAGUAUUUAAACAUGAACAAAUUAUCAUAGUGUUGUGCCUGUUAAAUAUUAUUUCCAGUAGCAAAUAAUAACAUCAUAUUAAUAUGCACCACUAACAUAACACUUUGUAUUCAAAGACUUGUAGAGCAAUAGGUAUUAACUUUACUAAAUGAAAAUUAUGGAGGAUAUGCAUAAAGGAUUAUGCUGAAAAGAAGUUUUCUGAGCCA